UAUUACAAUUUACUCCAGGACAAAUAUUGACAGAGCUAGAAAUUAUAUUAAAAACUUCAAUCAAAACAAACAAUUAUCCCUUAGCGAGGCCAUGAUUGUAAAGGGAUAUAAAACCAUGUCACACUUUCCCCUACAAUUAGCUGCAUCAUACACAAGCAGAUUUAUUCAGCACUGACCAGUACCAUCGCAAUGCAGCCGAUAUUCAUUUAUCAAAGCAUUGAGUAUUGAGUAAUGAGAGACAGUGCAUGCAUGGACUGCAUACUGCAUGCAUACUACAGAAUAAAACUGAGUGUGUAAGUGAGACAGAGAGGAAUGAGAGAGAUGAUGUGGUUACGUGUGCAGAUCCAGAAUAUAAAACACUGAAGUCAGCAUCCCCCACCCCCGCCUCAUCAGCAGCAGUCUCUGCGCUGCAUUCUACUACCCCCCACCCAACAUCCGAUGCUUUCAAAGACAGCCCUGAUGCUGGUGUGAUGAGCAGGCAGCCAGCAGCAGUGGAUGCCAUCCAAGGGUACAAACAAACUGCACGACCAUGCAUGGAGAAAAGGAAAGGCAAGGGAACGGCUGAAAGAGGAUCUAAACCAAAGUAACUCACUGCUGCCAAUGAGAAAAGAGGUUUUGGUCAGGCAGGAAAGGAGAGCGAGAGUAAAAACAAAUGUGAAAACGAGUGAGGGGGCAAGAGGGACCCUGGACCUAAUUGUCACGGAAGAGUGGAGAAAUAUACAGGACAGAAAAAAACUUAGCAACUGAAAUUCUGCCGGUCUAAUAAAAGAGGGGAAACAGAAAGGGGGUACUGGGAAGAGGUCGAGACGGACCAGAGAGUGAGAAAGGGAAUGAAAUGCCUGCAAAGUGAUGGAAAAGAUCAGGAAAGCCAACACCAUACCUGCCUCCAUGCCAGCUAACCUGCUGGUGCUGCUGCCACUGCUGCUUCUUUUUGGGGUACGUGUUGGUGCCAUUUGCCCACUAAUGUGUACCUGUAGCAGGGGCCAUAGGGUGGUGGACUGUUCUGCCCGUAGUUUGGGUAUACUUCCUGACAGCCUGCAGCACAACAUUCAUUUCCUCAACCUAUCACAUAACUGGCUCCAAAAUCUUGAUGGAUUCCUUAGCCAUUUUGACCACUUAAGAACUCUGGACAUCUCCUUUAACCAUCUCAAUCACAUUCCUGUUGGCCUUCCUCGAGCUCUUUGGGACAUACGUGUCUCAGGAAACUAUAUCCGGCAGGUGGAGAAGAAUGAUACGGCCUACCAUUGGAACCUUCAGUCACUGGACCUGUCACACAACCAGUUGGAGCGUGUGGUCUUCAUCAACAAUACGUUGUCCAGUCUGCAAGCCCUGAAUCUCAGUCACAAUAAAUUCUGGACAGUCCCCACAAACAUGCCCUACAAUUUGGAGAUGGUGGACAUAUCACACAACUUCCUGCUGCAGAUCCUGCCUGGCUCACUGGAUCGCCUGCCCCGGCUGUCUAGAUUCUACCUGCAUGCCAAUCGUUUCACCUCGUUAGGUGAAGGUGUAUUUAGUCGACUCGAGGGACUGCAGCUCCUCACACUUGGAGAUAACCCUUGGGCUUGUGAGGAUGAGGAGAAUAUUAACCAUCUGCUGACUUGGAUGCAGCAGACCACUGCAAAAGUUCUGGGCUGCCCCUGCUACACCCGGCCCACAUGUGGGGAGGUCCACCUGGCCACUAGGAGAACCUGGCCUUUGACUGCAUUCACAAAAACACCGUUGGGAGCCGAUGCCCAUAAUCCUGGCUAUCGAGCACCAAUGCAGGCAGCUACCUCUGGGUAUCUUCCCAAGUCAGCCCUCCUGAACGUGCAUCACAAUCCAAGGGUCAUUAAUGCAUCUGGGGCAGGCGAGCAAGCCCUGACCAUGGGUGGAGGGUUUCUCACAUCCACCUCACAUAUCCUCUCCUCACAGACAAGCACAACAAUCCAAACACAAAGCACUAAGAAGGUCCUUCCAGGCAGAGCUCGGAGCACAAGUCAUCAAACUCACAUAUGCCUCUCUGAAGCUGCUGUUUUGAGUAUUUUAUGUACAGUAAUGAUUAUCAAUGCUUUGUGAUACUGCAGAACAGUCUUGAACUAGACUUGCUGCCUUGAGUCUAUAAAAAAAAAAAAAUCCACAAAAAAAAUAGAGAGAGAUACCUCUAUGGUUUCCAUUUGCACAUUGUUCUGACAUUUGCCUCCAUGAUAAUUCUUAUUAAAUGUAUGCAAUAUCUGGCUGCUUCUUACAAAAUUACCACCCUCUACAGAAUGUGACAGAGUACUGUAUGGCUACUGUGCACACUCACAUCUUCUUGAAACGUAUACAAGUACAAUACAAUAAGACGUUUCUUGGUGUGGGGGGAAAAAAAUGCUUGUUCCAGUUUUAUGCUUGUCCAUUGACAGAGAUGUGUGUAUCUUAUUGUUUAUAUUAUGUAUUAAACAAAAUAAUAUCUAAAGCAUUGCAGUGUUAAGCUGAUGUAGUCUAUUGAUCUGUAUCGACAUGUUGCCUUUAACUGUGGAAAUAAUAA